AUGCCUAUAUCACCAGUAAUGGCUAAAUCAGCAUCGACUGCAACAACAACCACAGCACCAACAGCAGUUAACACUACUUCGUUUGAUACUGCUGCCACUGAAACAUGGAUCACCUGUGGUGAAUGCGCAAACACGUUAGGGUUGAUUGUAUCGGCCAUCAAAUCAUUCGAAAGUGCUGUGAAUAGGGAUCCAGCAAAUGCCACCGCUUUAGUCGGAUUGAGUUCUUCUCUUAGAUUAAAUGAUAUCAGUGUCAAUGAAACCAUUGGAUCACAAGCAGCAAUUGAAAAAUUGAAUAAAUCACUUGAAUCAUUCCCAAGCUUAUCCAAAGAAGCCAAUAUUUUCAAAGAAUUGUGCGAAUGUUAUUUAUUAGUCGGAUUGAAUGAUCAAGCUUAUCAAGCCAUUCAAUCAGCAAUACAGUUGGCACCCCAAGAUGCGUCACUAUGGUUAUUGAGUGCCCAGACUCUAAUUAGAGCUGGUGCAAGAGCUCAUGCCACCGGGAGUUUGGCUCAUUGUUUAUCACUCUUACCUGAUGGUACGUUUUCCCUGACUGAUAUUGAAACUGCCAGAGCUGCGCACGCCGAGUUAGCAGCCAUAUCAGCAGCUGAUGGUAAUAUAGAACUUUCAAUAAAGGAAUUAAGAGCAACAUUAGAAUUACCUCCACCUCCAUUGUCAAGAAUCGACGAAUAUGUCGCGUUAGUUUGUGCAUUGGCAUCAGCUUUGGAACGUGAUAAUGAUAUCCCUGGUGCUAUUAAGGUUUGCGAAGAUGGAGAACUGGUAGUUGGCAAUUCUCCAAGAAUACUAAUGUCCCAUGCCUAUCUAUUAUUAUCGAACAAUAGCUCCCCAAACAUUAAUGGUGCUGCUGAACAAGCCAUCAAUUUAUUGACUAAAGUUGUUGAUGUGGAAAAUGAGAGUGCCGUGCAAGAAGGCAGUGAUUUCUUACCUUGGUAUUUAUUGGGUAAAGCAAAUUCAUAUUUGGAUCCACGUGCAGCUUAUGAUUGUUAUCAAGUUGCAUUGCGUUGUGCUUCUAAUUGUUCGAUUAUUUGGUUAGCUGUGGGUAAAUUAUAUUUAGAAUUGAAACAAUUGAAAGAUGCCUUGGAAGCAUAUUCUCAAGCAUUGAAAUUACAAUUGGGAGACGGAUCAAAUGGAACUGCUACAGCUUGGGAUGGGUUGAGUUGUGUUUAUGAAAGAUGUGAAGAUCAGUUGAUGGAUGCAUCAGAUGCUUGUAAUAGAGCUGCGGCAUGCUUUAAGGCAAUGGGUGACAUUAAAAGUUGUCAGUUUUUCGAGGAUAGAGCCAUUGCUUUGGAAAAAGCUUCAAAAAAGGAGGGACCAAUGUUGAAUUUAAGGGAUCCACCAGAUGUGCCAACUUUUUUGAUCAGAGAUAUUGUUGCAUUAGCACCUAAUGAAAGAAUUACCUUUACUAAACAGCAACUACAAGCUCAACAACAGGCCCAACAACGUGCCCAAGAUCAAGUCCAACAACAACAAGCCCAACAACAACAAGCACAACAACAAGCACAGCAACAAGCACAACAACAACAAGCACAGCAACAAGCACAACAACARCAAGCACAACAACAAGCACAACAACAACAAGCCCAACAACAGCAACAGCAACAACAAAGUCAUAACCAAUCGCCAGUGCAACCACAUCAUCAAGAAACAGCUAGAAAUAGUCCUCAAGUGCCAAUUCAAACUCCACAACAACAACUAGUUCAAUAUCAAGGACCACCAGCACCACCACAGUUACCACCUCAUCAACAAUACCUUUAUCCUAUGCCUAAAAAUUCCCCACGUCAACCACAAGUAUCAACUCCACAAAUACAACAUGCCUGGUCCCCUCAACCCCAACAUCUUCAACAACCCCAACAAUCACCACAUCAAAAUCAACAUCAACCACAGCAACCACAGCAACAGCAGCAACCUGGUUCUCAUCAGCCUCAGCAAAAUCAACCACCAGCGCCUCAAUUACCACCUCAUCAGCAACAACAAUUUUUUUAUCCACCUCCACCACUUGGUCCAGGACAACCACAACCAAAUGGAGGACCACAUCGUUCACCAAUGAAUCCUCCACAAAUGAAUCCUGCCGGCGCASCCCYUAUGCUAUGGGUCCAGGAGGUCCCAACAAUAGUGCUCCUGGAUAUUACAAUUAUGUAUCUGUUCCUGGCGGUGCACAAAACCUGCAAUAUUCAUCACCAAAUUGGAGAAGAUAGAUGUAACGGUAACCCGAAAGAGUGGUCAACUAUUUAA